UCCAUUUUAAAGGCAGUGUUGGUAACCAUGUCCAAUACAGACUUUUUGUGUAUAUUGGGGGGGGGGGUUAGAUGGAGCCCCGGGGAGAUGCAUCUUCCUAGAUUUUCUACAUUACCAAGCCUGCCUUUUAAAGCUGUUUCUAGGCUUAUUUUAUACUUCACAUAUAUAUUGUAUAACUUGCCAAAAAUGGGGUGUUGUCCUGGUAUUUUGAAGGAUGUACAGGUGGUCCAUGCUUUGCAUAACUCCCCAGAGAGGCCUCAUACAAUCGAGAGGGAUGUUGUACAGGAAUCUCAUGACACAGAGAUAGUGGAAGUAGCAGAUGAUGUAGUGGAAGUAGCAGAUUUUGCUGAUGAGUGGCGUGCACUUUGUGCAAGACAAGAUGAGGAAUACCUUGAAAGUCUGCAGACUGACCAAGAAAGGGACCAGGCACAGCGCAGAGAAGUAGACGUUUACAGAAAACGCAAAGAGGCUUUGGAAAGAAGGCGGCUUAAUUUGAGCGACCAAGCCGAGCCGCAGGAUGGCAUUUCACUGCAAGUGAAAUAUCCGGAUGGCCAUGUUGUAAGGAGGAGAUUUCUCCUCAUGCAGCCAAUUCAGCACCUAUUUGACUUUGUCGGCUCAGAUGACAUGGCAACAGAGGUCUUCUCUAUUCAGAAAGCCAGGGCAUCACCAAUAAGAAGUACAACAAUGGGCAGAAUAAUUGAUCAUAUCAAUGAAUCCUGCACAGUUUUUGUAACCUGGGAUGACGUAAUGGACACGGACAUUACUGACACUCUGGUUCCCGAAGAAGAUGACAGUCCUCAAAACAUCUCAUCCGUGCCCUUGGAUACAACUGCUGGCUUCCUGAAUUUGAGUCAUGUUAAUGACACUAACGAAUCAGAUCUGAAAACCUUACUGACCACUCUAGCAUCAAAGGUCUGGAUUGGAGAGACGCCCAGCUGUAAUAUGAUAAAUGUAUGCAGAGAAAACAUAAUGGAUGGUGCCAUCUGAGCCUUUGCAAGGAGGAGUUUCAAUCCAGAAUCCAAAUUAAGUGUCAUAUUUAUGGAUGACUUCAUGCAAGCAGAGGGUUCAGUGGACGAGGGGGGCCCUACAUGGGAGGUUUUCCGACUGCUUAUGAUGGCUCUCAAAGACAGCACCCUAUUUACAGGGCCACAGAACAGCAAGAACCUGUCCCUGGACAGCCAUGCAUUACACAGAGGUCUCUACAAAACACAUGGAGUGAUGAUGGCUGUCGCACUGGUGCAUGGAGGAGUGUCACCUUCUUUUUUUUCCUGAGAGGCUCUACCAAAACCUUUGCUCUACACCUACAUCACCACCCACUCUCAAAGAAGUAGAAGAUCAGGAUUUGCAGUUGAAACUCAAAAAGAUCAGUGAGGCAGUUGAUAUUACAGCGGCUAGAGCUGCCAUUGAGGAAGCUGCGGAGAGCCUGUCCUUGUUGGGGUCCCUGAGGCAUAUCACCACCAUGGAGGGACGGGACCAGUUGGUUCAGGCUGCCACAAGUUUCUACGUGGAAGGAAGGACAAAGGAAGCCUUGCAACAUGCUACAGCGGUUGGACCACAUUUUACUUACAUUUUGAGGAAAAUGCUUGGACUUGCUGAAGGACUGGGCACACUUGGUCUCCUGGACCUGAUGAAGAUUAACCCCAGCAUCUUCAAGGAGGUGUUUACUUCAUCAGAGAGGCCUUUAAAGGCUACAGACUUGAUCUCCCUGUUCAAAGCAACGCUGUCCCAUCCUGAAAGCAACCAGUGGCGAAAAGAGAAGAGAGUGGAAGGGUACUGGAGAGACUUCUUACUUGAUAUUGAAGAUGGUGUGUUUGAGAUCACAAUGGAACAAAUCCUGGUGUUUGCCUCUGGAGCCGACAGAGUGCCAGCUCUUGGUUUUUCCCCUCACCAAACGCUGACUUUCAUUCACGAGACAGGGCGGAAGUACCCUGAAGCGAACACCUGCCUUGUAAAUUUGAGACUGCCUAUCCAUGACAAUUAUGUACAGUUCACCAAGUUCAUGUGUGAGGGUAUUAUUCAAGCUCCCACUUUUGGUCUGGCUUAAAGUCACUGACAUGAUUUAAUGAUGGCUGUUUUUGUUCAUUAAUUGAAUAUGAUUUGAACCUGUUUCUUUCUGAUAGUAUUUGAUGUGUAUGCUAUUACAAGUAACUAAAAAGUCACUAUAGUAGGACAUCAAGUAGUUUUCAAGCUUUAGCUGGUGGGCACAUGGACCUGCUAUUGUUUCUGGAACUCUCCUAAUUAGAAAUUUAGAUUAUGUCUACUUUAUAGGUCUGUAGUUGAUGACCUAACAAUGUUAAAGAUCUCUUAAUUAAAAAAAGCUGUAUUUACAUGUGUUACAGAAUUUGAGCAGUGCUGUUUGAAACUGUAUCCCCUAUAAUUAACUGCUGCACAGAUCAGAGUAUGGAAAACUUGUGUUUUUAGGGAAAUAUGCUUUUAUCCCAAUGUUUAUAAAAAUGUCCUUUUGAGUAGCACAGUUUGAGCUACUAUGCUUGAGUCUGCCUGACACAGCUCUAAUAAAAAAAAUAAUUUGGCCAGUAGGUGGCGGUGUGUCAAGUUGCUGUGAGUUAAAAUUGCAAUGCAACAGGCUUCCGUAGGGUCUGGAAAAACAAUACAUGUGAGCGGGAUACAAGGAACGAAGGUCAUGGCUCUUUCAACUUUUCUAGAUCAUUGUAAAGCUACAUAUGCAGAAAGUUCCAGACUUUUCCUCACGGAUAAUGUUUCCAGUGAUGUCCUGCGACCAGUACUUAUAAGACUGGAGACCCUUGAGAGGAGCAUCAGAUGGGCAAGAGGGAGGAUUCUCCCAUUGGAUGAUGCAGAUGAACUCCUUCCAUUAGUGACUGGUUUUAUUCAACUAGUGCAAACAGCUUUGUCAACUCAAGAUGAAGGUACCUCUGGAUAUCAAGCCCCAUUGGUCCGGACAGGUGAUUUUGGACGAUCCAGCUACCUAAUCACAGAAGAACACCUGAGAUUCCUGCUUUCAUGUGGAUUUGUAAUUGCAAAAAUUGCUGAAGUCCUGGAUGUAUCAGUCAGUACAGUUAAACGGAGAUUGAGGUUGUUCAACUUGUCCUAUUUAAUGAGGUAUGCACGCCUAUCUGAUGCAGAACUUGAUGAAGUGGUCCAGCAGUUGGUUGGAGAAAAUGAAGAGAUUGGUGCUAAUGCUGUUCAGGCCAGACUAUCUUCUAUGGGUGUUCGAGUGCAGAGAAGGCCAGUGAGAGAGAGUUUGAUUCGAGUGAAUCCAGCUGGAGCCGCACACAGAGCAUUGUCUCACCGAUUGCACUGGAGAACCUACAGUGUUGCAGGUCCCAACUCGCUGUGGCACAUUGAUGGGAACCACAAGCUCAUCAGGUAGGCUGAUGAUAAAUUCAUUUCAGUGAGACUAAACACUCAACCAACUGGAUAAUUUACAGGGUUCUACAGUGCAAGCUUUUCACUCACUUUUGUGAGUGAAUAUGCUGCAUGCAAAUGUAAAAAAAAUUGGCUGUACUGGUGUGAGUGACUUUUGGAUCCAAUUAACUAUGAUGACAGAAUAAACAAGCACAGAUCCUGCACAGAUGUAUGUUGUUAUGACACAAGUUAAUAUUCAGUUUUUUUGUCAAGUGUUUUCCCAGUCUAUUGAACUGUAAACAGAUUUUAUAAAUUCAGAUGUACUCUGUUAUGUAACUUGUAAUUAUGAGAAGAUGUUUGCUGUGUCUGUUUUGUAUUAUAUUACUGAUUCAUUGACAUUACAGUACAUAGAAAAUUGCACUUUGACUGCAUCCCUACAUUUUUGGCAGGAGUAAGCAUAGAAUCCUGAAGUUAUUAAUGUUAUCCUAACACAGAAUACAAAUAAUAGCUUUUUGUUUAAUUUUUAAGUGGAGGAUGGUGAUCCAUGGUGGAAUCUGUGGCUUCAGCAGACUGGUUGUGUUUUUGCAGGCUUCAGACAAUAACAGAAGUAGCACAGUGUUUGAUCAGUUUGUUCAAGCCACUGCUAGGUAUGGGGUACCGUCUCGAAUAAGGUGUGACUACGGGAGCGAAAACAAUGCUGUUUGCUUGUUCAUGAACAUUUACCGUGGAUCAGAAAGGGGAAGUGCCAUACGGGGCAGAAGUGUCCAUAACCAGCGGAUUGAGAGGCUUUGGGGAGAUCUUUGGCGGGGUAUGACUAAUGUGUACCACCAGCUUUUCUCCUUCCUUGAAAAUGAUGGAAUCAUUGACUGUACGAAUGAGCUGCACUUGUGGGCACUACAUUAUGUUUACCUGCCACGGAUUAACCGGGACCUGGAGGUUUUCAGGGAACAAUGGAACAACCAUGGCUUGCGCACUGUUGGCCACCGCACACCAUGCCAGAUAUUUGUCCAAGGAUGUCUUCAGAGGCAAACACAACCACUCACAGCCAUGGCUGAGAUUUUUGGAUCCGACACUGCUCAAGAAGGUGCAGCUGCUGCUCUUCCUGCUCUGAAUUGGCAAGACGUAGUAACAGUCCCUGCUAACCAAUUCAGUCCAAGCCAUGCACAGAUGCAAGAACUCCAGGGUGUAGACACUCUGGCAGGACUUAGUGGUAGUCUGGCUAUAGAUACACUCCAAAGUGUAAUUGACAUUUUGGAACAGUAAUUUCCCGUCCAUGUCACGGCCACAACUGUAAACCUGCUACAUAUAGCUGAUAGACUCCUUUCCCAUUGCCAGUAGACGAGUGACACUGACUAUAGUGACUUGUAUCUGAGCAGAGGUGUUUUCACAUUUCCUCUGAACACCUAUAACCCUGCAAUAAAAGUUAUGUUUAUGAAGGGUAUAAUGAUGUAUUUUUGCUGA